AUGGCUGACGAUGAAAAUUUUAACGAUACGGAAGUUCUCGAUGAAGAACCACGUAGUAUUCUUCUAGGACUCAUCUCUCAACUACGUAAAGGAAUGGAUUUACAUCGAGUCACCUUACCAACUUUUGUAUUAGAACCUCGGAGUAUGUUAGAACGGAUCACUGAUUUCAUGAGCCACCCUGAUUUAAUUCUAAGUGUUGCUAAGGAAGAAGAUCCCCUUACGCGAUUUGUAAGCGUCGUGAGAUAUUAUUUAUCCGGAUGGCAUAUUAAACCUAAGGGUGUAAAAAAACCUUAUAAUCCAGUAUUAGGUGAACAUUUUCGGGCUCGUUGGGUAUUUCCUGAUAAUACGGAAGCAUUUUUUGUAUCAGAACAAGUAUCUCAUCAUCCACCUAUAUCCGCUUAUUAUUAUGCAAGUCCGGAAAAUAAUUUAAUUAUUUGUGGAGACAUAAGACCAAAAUCAAAAUUUUUGGGUAAUAGUGCGGCAACCUUAAUGCAAGGUGAAUCCAAAAUCUAUUUCACCAAUCGACCAGGAGAAGUUUAUCAAAUUGUAAUGCCUAAUGUUUAUGCUCGUGGAAUUUUAUUUGGAAGAAUGGUUAUGGAAUUAGGUGAUAAUUCCACAGUUCGAUGUGAGAAUCUUGAUUUUAUAUGUGAAUUGGAAUUUCGAACAAAGGGAUUUUUUACUGGUGCAUAUAAUUCAAUUUAUGGAAAAAUAAAGCAAGAAUCUACAGGAGAAAUUAUUUACGAAAUUACAGGGAAAUGUGUUCAAGAUUCAAAUAUAUACCCAAAAAUUGUAGCACCGGAUGAUAAACAAGAAGAAAAUGAAUCUCGGCGUUUAUGGUCAAAAGUUACAAGUGCUUUAAUAGGACGAAAUUUGGAUCUUGCUUCAAAUGAAAAAUCUAAAAUUGAAGACUGUCAACGAGAUGAGGCAAAACUUCGAGAAUCCGAUGGAAUUGAUUGGAGGCCAAGAUACUUUUUGCACGAAAAUAAUGAAUAUAAAUUCAAAUAUACUCACCUUUCGAAAGAUCCAGCGAUCGCAAAGCAAAAUAUAGAAUCAAUUAUUUUCUCUACGAAUCCAACAGUAUAUCAACCACAUCAUCAUAAUCAAGACGGUUAA